UAGAAUUUCCAAAAUCUCAGGACGCCAACCCAUCUCUCUCUCUCUCUCUCUCUCUCUCUCAACAUUUGUAGAGAAGCCAUGGCCGUUUCUCUCUCCUGAAUCCUCCCCAAACACCCCCUUCUCCUGAAUUUCUCUCUCCCAACAAAAAUCGUAAUUCAAAUCCACUAUCUCUUUCUCUCUCCUGAUUUUAGUCUCUGAACCUCUCUCUGUGUCUAUGCGAUUCUUCAGAAGAGAUCAAAUCAUGUUUUUGUAUCUCUAGAAACCCUAAUUUUCGUCGUAGAAAUGGAGGUUGUGACCGGAGAUCGGUACCUCGAAUCUCUGGUAAAGUUCGUGGACAAACAAGCGGGGCCUUUGAUCGAAGGAACCCUAGUUCUGAAGCUCAACCCCAUGGGGCUUCACUACGUGCAAUCCAGGCUCGAAGCCCUCAGCGAACUCGAAGGUCUUCUCGCCGGAGCUCCGGUUGAUUAUCUACGCUCCUACGUCUCCGACCUCGGCGAUCACCGCGCGCUCGAGCAGCUCCGGAGAAUUCUGUGUCUUCUUACGUCUCUGAAGGUCGUGUCGGUGUUUACGCCUUCGGCAAGGGACCCCACGCCUCUCUCGUUGUUGCCGUUUGGGCGAUUGAAGGUUUUGGAGCUUCGGGGAUGUGAUCUUUCGACUUCGGCUGCUCGAGGGCUUCUCGAAUUGAGGCAUACCUUGGAAAAGCUCAUUUGUCACAAUUCAACUGAUGCACUGCGUCACCUAUUUGCCAGUAGAAUUGCUGAGAUAAAAGUCUCCCCACAGUGGAACCGGUUGUCAUCUGUGUCGUGUGCUUGUAAUGGUUUGGUUCUCAUGGAUGAGUCUUUGCAACUUCUCCCUGUGGUUGAAACCCUUGAUUUAAGUAGAAACAAGUUUGCGAAGGUGGAUAAUCUCCGGAAGUGUAGAAGAUUGAAGCACUUGGAUCUUGGGUUCAAUCAACUUAGAACGAUUGCAUCAUUUAGUGAGGUCUCCUGUCAAAUUGUUAAACUUGUUUUGAGGAACAAUGCUCUAACUACAAUGCGUGGGAUUGAGAAUUUGAAGUCACUUGAAGGCCUUGAUCUUUCCUACAAUGUUAUUUCCAAUUUUUCAGAGUUAGAGAUCCUUGAGGGCCUUCCAUCUCUACAAAGCCUGUGGUUGGAAGGGAAUCCGUUAUGUUGUGCACGAUGGUACAGAGCACAAGUGUUCAGCAUUUUCCCUCAUCCAGAUAAUUUGACAUUAGAUGAGAAGAAAAUUUGUAAAAGAGAGUUUUGGAAAAGGCGAAUUAUUAUUGCAAGCAGGCAGAAACGGCCUGCUAGCUUUGGAUUUUAUUCUCCAGCAAAAGGAGUUGCUGAAUUAGAGGGAAUUAUCAAAACAAAAAGGAAGAAGCAUUCUCGUCUUGCUUGUAUUGAAAGUGAGGAGCUGACCAUGCAUGUAGGCUCCGAAGAGUCAGUAUCAUGUGAGAAUGAGACUCGAAGCAAAGAGGAGAACAUAAUUUCGGAUGAAGAAGCUGAAAUUGUUGGUUUGAUGAACAGAAUCGAAUUGAUGAAAAAAGAGCGUUCUGAUCUAUGGUUGCAGGAAUUUGAAUGGUUGAAUCAAGAUUCUGAAAAUUUUAUCAGUGGUAGUCAAUAUAAUGUGGCUACAGUUAAUCCUGAUAAAGAACAUUAUUUGAAACAUGAGACAAGGCAUAGGUAUCUCGGUGAGAGCUCACGAUAUGUUUCAGACUCUGCUCAAACUUCAGGAAAUGAGAGUAGUACAAACAUUUUAGAAUCUGACUGUUCCUUUGCAGACAUUUCCAGUGGUUUCAAUUCUCAUCGCUACUUUGAUGGAAUUAGUGAAGCUGGACCAAAAUUUGUGGGGCAUGCCAGUGGGAAUUCUGUGGUGGUUACUAGAAAAAUGGAUAUAAAGCAGGAGCAAAUGAAAUCCGACACUAAUGAAGGACGUUUUCCUGUGAGAGCUGGAAACUCUCAUCUCGAUCCUUUGGCAGUCUCAGGAGGGGAAAGAAAAUAUGCAAAAAUCAGCAUUGCACAAAACAAUUCCAUUGAUGAUAUUAUGGAAUCCCUUACACCAUCUGUUUCCUCAAGAUCACCUCCUCAUUAUCAAGAAGACAUUCUACAUCGUCGCAACAACUUGGAGGAAGAAUUUUUCCACCUAUCUGCAGGGUCCUUUUCAGUGGCAUCGUCUGACAGUAAUACCAGUUGUAGUGAAGAUGAUUUCAAUGAAUUUGGGACCUUUAUUCCUGAAUGUGAUCAGCCAUUGAGUGAAGAGUUUUUCGAGAGGAGUGGUCAUUCUCAUUCAUCCAUGCACCAUUCUCAGGAUAGGCAUUAUCACGAGGGGCAUGGGGUUUCUCUGGUAACACAAAAUGGUGUAUGUUAUUCAGAUUCAUAUGCUGAACCAGCCUCUGGUGCUCUGAAACUUACAGAACCGGAGCACUCCCCAACAAUUGUGGCACAAUAAUUUUCCUAAUGGUCAUCGACACCAGGGAGAGUUUGUGUCUAACAUUGGCUCUUGAAUGUGCAAUAAUCAGGGAAUGAUGCAGCACUCACCAUGAAAAAUCCAGCUUCAGGAUCUGUGAAGGUAGUCUAUUCAACGUUGUGGCGUUGUUGAAAGCAGUCCAUGCAAGAGUAGCCAAUUCAUCCUGGCCUUUACUUGUAAGAUGGGUGCCAUGAAAAUCAAAUUCUUUUAUUUUUAUUUUUAUUGAUUUUUUUUUUUUUACUUGUGUUUUUGUUUGUUUCAUAUUCAUUCCAUUCUUUUGAUAUGGGCUUCCUUUUAGUUCCUAUUUAGUUUUAUUCCUGGCUUGGUGUGGUGAGUAAAUAGCUUUCUUUUUCUUUGAAUUGUGUGCUCUUUUAGAAGCUUCCUGUAAUGUGUACAAAGUGUACAAACAUUGAACAUUCAAUGAUAUUAUAAUUAGUUUGUUUUGGUCUUUGUUUUUA